GAGGGGGCGGGGACAGGGCCGGGGCCUGGGCCCGGCGCGCGCGACAGCGGCGCGAGCGGAAACGCGCGCCGGCGGAGGAGCCUACGGAAACGGCGAAGAUGGCUGGCGCCGCCGGGUAUCAAUGUCGAUAGAUCAAAAGGGAUUAUCAGGAUUUUCCUCCUUUUUCUUUGGAAAAUUUGUGCAGUUUUUUCCUGUCUUCAUAUGCAGUCCUUCUUCUGCCCUUCUGUAACUCAUCAAAAUUAAAUGGUGGUAUUUUGAUUGAGGUGGCAUCAUGGAGUCUGAUGUUGAGAGAUGCAGACCUCGUGCCAGAAAGCCAGAUAUGGCCCUUUAUGUACCUAAAGCUCGAAGAGGUUCAGUUCUCCCCAUAUCAAGUCAUCAGGAAAUGAGUUCUAGUCAUCUGAAUGCCGUAGUGAAGCAAGGACAAGAAGAAGGUCAUCUGCCCUCAAAGAAUGAUGUCUUCAGAGUCAGUUCUGAACUUCAAAGACCUGUCAGUAAUCCUAGCAGACAAGAGCACAAAGCCAGGGAUGGAAAGAGACCUAAUUCAAAAUCCAAAAAAGGCACAUGCUUGAAAGAAAGAAGCAGAGGAAAAUUCCAUACUCAGAAAGGAACCCCAGAGUCCGAAGAAAUGUCCAACAAAAAUCCACAAAUCCCAAAUCCUAGUAGUUUUUCCAAAGUACCUUCACAAAUACAUUUUAAGCCAAAGAAAGAAGAGAAAUGUAUGGAUCCCCAAACCAGCAGUAUAACAGUACCACAAGGACUACUUAUAUCACAAUCUAGCACAGAAACCUGUGAGACUCAGGCUUCCAGUAAACCAUUCCAAAGCGUGAAAUUAUGUGAUUUCAGAAAAGAAGAACUAAGCGGGAUGAAUUAUGCAGAAGGAGACUUGGGAAACAGCGUUAGUCCUCAUUGUAAGGUAGUAGAGAUGGUAUCUCGUUCUCAGUUUUCAGAUGAGCUGGUAGGUUGCAGUUCUCUUUUGAAUCCUGACCAUGUGCUGGCACCUGCACAGCCAAACUCACCUUCUAAAAUUGUGCAAGAAAUCAUCCAUCCAGCAGGUCAUAUAAUGAAGUCCAACACUGAAGACAUAAAGAGCAUUGCUAUUCAGGGAAGCCCAGAGAGUGUCAUUGAUCAGGCCUGCUCGGACAGUGAACCUAAGAAUGUCAGUGACCUUAGUGGUCCAGUGUUCCUCAGCAGUGAAGCUGGCUUCUUGGAACAAACAAGUAAGGAUCGCCUAUCUGGGAUUGGAGAUCCUGUCUCUGACCACAUGCACAUAGUCAGUGUAUUAGAGAAUGCCAAUGACAUUGAGGAUCCAACUUGCAUGAGUAGAGAGUCUGAGAAGAAUGGUGCCCCUGCUGAGGAGUCACAUGUGUGCUAUGAACCUCAUCAUUUCAGUGACUUUGCUGAUGAAACAUCUACAGGUAGUGAGCUGGAGGAUGCCAGUGACAUCACUAGCCAGGCAUGCAUGAGCAUUACAGAUGGCACAUCUGAUGAGACAUGUGUGGGCAGCACCUCGACACUUGUGGGUGGAAUCACUGAACAGGCUUGUAGCAGCAUAAACAGUUUGCUAGACGGUAUGGGAGUAAGUACUUACAUAACCCCGCUUCUAGUAGCUAACAGCUUAGAAUGUGGGAAUGAAAACUCGAGCAACUUGACAGUUUGUACAGACGGUUACACUGAAGAUAGUUUGUCCAGUUAUCAAGAGUCAAUGGGAGGACCAACAAAGAGUUUGUCAGAUUGUACCUCUUUAAUACCUAUAAAGAAGGAAGCAUCCAGCAAUCCUGAUUCCUGUUUAGACUCGGAAUUCUACAUGUUAAAUAGGACAGAAUUGCUUUCCAACAAGGCCUUGAGCAGUAAUCUGGAUCGUACAGAUGACAUCACAGAGUCUUUGAAUAAUCUAAGAACUGGUGAAGAGUUCAAGACAGGUGAGGAAGAUGGCUUUGGGAAAAUAGAGUAUACUGUAUCUUCAGACAGACAAUUGGAGCUGAAAGCUCUUCAUCCUUCCUCCAAUGAUGAAAGUGCUCCUACAGAAGAGAGCUGGGAUUCUUUGUUUAAUGAUGAUGGAGAUUGCCUGGAUCCACGCCUUCUAGAAGAGAUAUUCCUACUGCGCUCCUCUGUGUUGAACCUGUUGCCUUCUGUGAUACCUAAGUUGUCAGAGUUAUCGGGGAGUCUGAAGAACAGGAAGAGUCUCCAGGAACCUAGAUUUGAUUAUUACAACUAUGAAGCUCCUGAGCUUGACAUCAACGAUUGUGAAUUUCCUCAUGUCAUUGAAAUCUAUGACUUCCCUCAGGAAUUUCGCACCGAAGACCUCCUACGUGUCUUCUGCAGCUAUCAAAAGAAAGGAUUUGACAUUAAAUGGGUGGAUGACACACAUGCUCUCGGAGUGUUCUCCAGUCCCAUUACAGCUCGUGAUGCCCUGAGUACUAAGCACAUGAUGGUAAAGGUCCGGCCGCUGUCUCAGGCCACAAGAGCAGCCAAAGCCAAAGCGAGAGCUUGUGCUGAGUUUCUCCAGCCAGCCAAGGCACGUCCUGAGACAUCUGCGGCCCUGGCCCGAAGACUAGUGAUCAGUGCCCUUGGGGUGCGAAGUCAGCGGACCAAAGCAGAGCGGGAUGCAGAGCUCAAGAAGCUGCAGGAAGCCCGAGAAAGGAAACGGUUAGAGGCCAAGCAACGGGAGGAUAUCUGGGAAGGCCGGGACCAGGCUACUGUCUGAACAUCACCCAAAGAAAGGGAUAAUUUCCUGAAUUCAGAAGGCUCCAGGCUAGAAGACCUAUUCGGAGUUUCCUUUGUGUGUGAGAAAAACAGACUAUGGGUUUCAGAGAGAAAGCAAACUUCUCUGUCUUAGUGGCUCUGCUUUUUAGAUCUGGAAGGAACAGUUUGGAAUCACUCUAUGUGGAAAAUAGGAGGAAGCAGUGUCCAUCAACUAGGAAGAAACUUGGAAGCUGAUGCCUCUUUAAAGAGUCCACUGUGCAAGAGAAGCUGUAGAUGUGUGAGCAGUUUACCUAUGAGGAGUUUAACCAGCCUAAUAGCAGAACAGAAGUAAGAUAGAGGAGUCAUCGGGGCCCUGGGCCAGAAGAUACCAGGGCCUUGCUAGGAAAAACAUAGGCUCUGAAAGACAUCCUCCAGCCACUCUUCCAGCCGUGAACAGGGAUGUCUGCACAGUCAGCAGAUGUAGGGGGAAAAUCCAGUGUUCUCAGGGUGCCCAGAACCAACAUUUUCGUUUGGGCUCCUUUUUAAUGAUAGGUGCACAGCCCCAUAGCUGGCUGACAGCAGCACAUAUUACAGACGUUUGGUCUCAAGAGUUUCAGCUUUGCAGAGAGCCUGCCUGCUGCUGCUUUGGUCACAUGGCAGCCGGGGUGUGCCCACUGCACGGUGUCCACCAGUGCCUGUGUAAACACUGACAUCAUGGUGUAAUAGAGAUGCAUUAAAGCUAU